UAUGGGCGUCGCGUAAACGUUGUCAUGCACGCCUGCCCUGGAGGCGGAGCGACGGGCGGCAGCGCGCCCUGGUGCUCGCUCCCACGGAUGGCAGCGGCUGAAUCCAUCUCCUCCGGAGCGGAGCCGCAGCUCGAGCCCGGCGCCGGUUAACUGGCCGUUUGUAGUCACGGAAGCCGCCGAGUCUGUCGGCGACCGGGCCGGUCACUGAGGGCUGUUGGCGGACGCAGCGGCCGCUGCUGCAGCCGCCGGUGCCGCAGAACGACGACAUGAGGAUCUGGAGCUCGGAGCAUUUGUUCAGCCAUCCAUGGGAGACGGUUAUCAAAGCUGCAAUGCGAAAAUAUCCGAACCCCAUGAACCCCAAUGUAGUUGGAGUGGAUGUACUGGAGAGAAACCUUGAUACUCGAGGGAGAUUGCAUAGCCAACGCCUGCUUUGUACAGAAUGGGGAAUCCCCAGCAUUGUUAUGACUAUUCUGGGUACAAACAGGACCACAACAUACAUUAAAGAACAUUCUGUUGUCGAUCCAGUUGAACGAACUAUGGAACUUUGUUCUUCUAAUAUAACUCUUACAAAUUUAGUGUCAGUGGAUGAAAGAUUGAUCUAUCGACCUCAUCCUGAGAAUCCAGAAAAGACCAUUUUGACCCAAGAAGCUAUUAUUACUGUAAAAGGAGUUAUUCUAAGUAGCUAUUUGGAAGGAUUAAUGGCCAACACCAUUUCUGCUAAUGCAGGAAAGGGCUGCAAAGCUAUAGAGUGGGUAAUAAACAAGACAAAUGAGACUGAAGAAUUAUCAGCAUCCGUCCAAGAGAAUGUAAAGUCACCAACAGCUGUAGCAGCUGCUGAAGAUUGAUGACCCCUGGUUGUGCCACACCUCUGACUUCUAUUCAGGAAAUUCACUUAGUAAUGUGUUCGGUGUUAUUUUAAGAUGUCGUACCUUUUUUAUGGAAAGACAUUAUAAGCUGCAAAAUUGACUUUGGAUGUAUCAAACAUUCAGGUCAUUAAAAUAAACAGCCAGCAGCCAAGCCUGUGAACAUGGGGUACCAAGUUUCAAAUUAUUUAUAGUAAGUUUUGUUUUUAUAGUGUCCUUUGUUUGACCAACAUCUAGUCAAUAACAGUUCACAAAGUGGCAUCUUUUGGUAGGUGUGUAUGUAUUUUUCUUUAAAGUAAGUGGUCUUAUCCUUGAAAUGCAACCAGAGGCAUGGACAAGCAUAUGCACCUAAAGGAGCGUGCUGUUUGGCACCUAUUGCGUUGCACUGGAUUAAUACUUGACUGUGUAGUGGUUAAUGUUGAUGCCUUACAGCACUGAGUUAACAAAAUGUUUAUGUUUCAGAAUGAUGGUACAACGUCCUAAGUAAAAUUUAUUUUUAUCAUGAAGUUGAAAUUUGGUUGUCUAUCAUUAGUGGCAGAUCUCUGGAGGCUGGCCAGCUAGAAUGCAUAGGCAUUCAACCAAUGUUUUGGUCCUAAACUAUAAAGAAAUAUGUAUUUGAAGUCAGCCUAAGUAUGUGGGCUGAACAAAAGUACACUGACCAGUAACUCAAUCACUUCAGCACAGCACUGUUACCAUAAAGAUGUAACGCAAUUUUGUGAAAGGCACGCAUAUCAUAGUUCCAGAAAUAUUUCUAUCAACGCAAAACUAUUUACAAUGUUUGCGCAAAAGGAUUCCCAUACCAGUCAGCUUUAGAUAACUUCUAGCUUGACAUUUGGACUAUUUUUGCAUAAUUCUUUCUCAAAUAAUUUCAUUUUGUUCCAAUACAAUUAUUUUAAAAACAUUUAACAGAGGUUAGAUUGUUUUCUGAAUAUUUAUGUAUUUAAAUCCUGACUUGUGCUUAAAAUACAGGAUAUUUUCUCUGAAAUACCUUGUUUUUUUUCCAACAUUAUCAUGUAUUUAAAAAAAACUCUGAAAAUUCUUUAGAAUAGCAAGUUGAGGCAUACUGUAUUUUGGAGAAGUAAACUGAAAUUGAUUGUACUGUAUCCAUGCAAUCUGCAGCUGACAAUCCUUGUUUAACUUUUAGCAUUAAAUCCACAUGUAUUCUGCUCUCCCGAGCAUGUGGAUCAGUGGAGAACAACUCAUUUACUUGUGAUUUUGAUAGCAGUGUUUCUGUUUCCUAUUUAUGUGACUAGAAAAUGUUGGAAACAGUCUGCUAACAAGGGUGGGGUUCAGGCCCAAUCUAACCCACAGCUUCAACUGCCUGUUGCAGUAUACCUGUCUCUCUAUGGGGUAGCAAGGUUCUUUCUACCAUGGGAUGAGUCUCAGAGUCACAGAACACUAAAGCACAAACAAGCCCUUUAGCCCAUCUAGCCUGUGCCCAACAAUUAAACUGCCUCGAGUCAAUUAUCUGCACCCAGACCGUAGCCCUCCAUACCCAUCCCAUUCUUGUACCUAUCCAAAUUUCUCUUAAUUGUUGAAAUUGGACCCCCAUCCACCACUUGCAUUGGCAGCUCAUUCCGCACUCUGAGUGAAGAAGCCCCCCCUUUUGACCCUGUUCACCUUUCACCCUUAACUUAUGACCUCUAGUUGUAGUCUCACCCAAUCUCAGUGGGCAAAGUUGCUUGCAUUUACCUUGUUUAUCACCCCUCAUAAUUUUGUAUACCUCUAUCAAAUCUCCCGUCCAUCUUCUAUAUUCCCAGGAAUAAAGUCUUAACCUACUCAAUCUUUCCCUGGAACUUAGGUCCUCAAAUUCUGACAACAUCCUUGUAAAUAAGAUUGAAAGAGAGCAAAGAAAAUUUACACCUUUCCUGUAGGCAGUUGACGAAAGCUGCACACAGUACUUCAAAUUAGGCCUCAAUAAUGUUGUAUACAAUUUCAACAUAAUAUCCCAACUCUACUCAGUACAUUGGCCUUCAUUAAACCAUGUGCCAAAAGCUUACUUUUCAACCCAUGGCUAAGGAUGCCACUUCCAAGGAAUCUUGGAUCUGUAUUGCCAGAUCCCUCUGUUCUACUGCACUCGUCAGUGCCUUACCACUGACCAUGUAAGACUUAUACUGGUUGUCGUCCCAAAGUGCAAUGCCUCACAUUUGUCUGCAUUUAAUUUCAUCUGCCAUUUUUCCAGCUGAUCCAGACCCUGCUGCGAGCUUUAAUAGUCUUCCUCACAGUCCACUAUACCCAAAAUCUUGGUGUCAUCUGCAAAUUUUUCUGAUGCAGUUUACCACGUUAUCAUCCAGUUGCUAUAGAUGACAAGCAACAAUGGACCCAGUACUAGCCCCUGCAGAAUGCCACUAGUCACAGACCUCCAAACAGAGAGGCAACCAUUUACAACCAUUCUCCUGCAAAGCCAGAGACUAAUCCAAUUUAUUACCUCAUCUUGACCAACCUCCCAUACAGGACCUUGUCAAAGGCAUUGCUAAGGUCCAUGUAGACAACAUCCACUGCCUUGCCUUCAUCAACUUUCCUGGUAGCUACCUUAAAAAACUGUAUAAGAUUGACUAGACCUGACUUACCACGUACAAAGCCAUGCUGACUAGCCCUAAUCAGUCCCUGUCAACCCAAAUACUUAUAGAUCCAGUCCCUUAGAAUACUUUCCAAUAGCUUUCCCACCUAUAUUGUCAAGCUGACUGGCCUAUAAUUUCCUGGCUUAUUCUUAGGGCUUUUCUGGAAAAAAAAGAGAACAAAUUUAUCUAUCCUCCAAUCCUCUGGCACCCUACCCAUGGCUAAGGAUGUUUUAAAUAUCUCUGCUAGGACCCUGGCAUUUUCUGCACUUGCCUCCUGCAGGGUCUGAGGGAACACCUUGUCAGGUCAUGGGGAUUUAUCCACCUAAUACGUCUCUUUCAGCUCCAUGUAUAGAUUACCAUUCUGAUCUUCUAGAGAACCAAUUUUGUCCCCUGCUAUCCUUCUGCUCUUAAUAUAUUUGUAGAAGCCCUUAGGAUUCUCCUUCACUUUGCUAGAGCAGUCUCAUAUCUUCUUUUAGCCCUUCUGAUUUCCUCCUUAAAUGUUCUCUUGCAUUUCUUAUACCUACUCCUUUAGAAUCUCAUUUGUUUCCGCCUACCUAUACCUGCUGUGCAUCUCCUUUUUCUUAACCAGGGCCUUAACACCUCUCAAAAACGAAGGUUCCCUUAUCCUUGCCUUUUAUUCUGGCAGGAACAUAGAGACUGUACUCUCAAGAAUUCACUUUUGAUGGCUUCCCACUUACUAGGUACAGCUUUGGUAGAGAACAGCCUGUCCCAAUCCACAUUUGCCAGAUCGUUUCUAAUACCUUCAAAAUUGGCCUUUCUCCAAUUUAGAAUCUUAACUCCAGGACUAGACCUAUUCUUUUCUAUAAUUACCUUGAAAGUAACGGCAUUAUGCUCACUAGAUGCAAAGUGUGCCCCUUCAUAAACUUUUAUUACCUGCCCUGUCUCUGUCCCUCACAGGAGAUGUGGUUUCACCCUCUCUCUAGUUGGAAUUUAUAUGUACUGUUUAAGGAAACUUUCCUGAAUGCAUUUGACAAACUCCCUCCCUUAAAUCCGGUUUACAGUAUGCUGAUGAAAAGUAAUGUGUCUUGUUUCUCUUAAAGUGGUACCUUGUUGGAUUUUAAUUACGUAGCCUAGUAAUUUGGAUUUCCCAAUAUAAGGAAUCCAUUACAUAGUCAUUAUCUUGCAAUUGGAGGGAGAAGGCAGAAAUUCGAACGGACUGGGAUGUCUGAGAUUAUAAAAAUCCUGCCUUAAUGAAAUCCAUGCCUCUUUCCUCUGGAAAUCCGGCAGACAUCAUGGAAAGCUAGCCAAUUUUUGGAUUGAUCCAGAAGUUUUUUUUUUCUCCAAGAAUAUAUUUACAUAGAAAACUUAAACUGUUUGGAUGUUAUAAUAGCAAAUAAGUAUCAAAUGGACGAAUAGGAUUAAUAAGUUAUCUGAAAAGAGAUGAACUGCUUAGAAUAUGCUGUACAGCACUAGGUAUCUUUACUAAUUCAUGAUUUUUUUUUUAGAGGAUUCAGGCGUUGCCUUCUCACUCUAAUCUUGAAUGCAUUGUGGAAAAGAGUAUAGUCAACGUUUCGGGCCCAGAACCUUCAUUGGGACUCAAUACGUACUCUUUUCCAUAGGUACUUAGUGGCCUGCUGAGUUCCUCCAGCUUUGUGUGUGUGUUGUUUGGAUUUCCAGCAUUUGCAGAAUUUCUCUUGUUUGUGACACCAGUGUAGGAAAGCUUUGCUGUAGUUAUAAAUAAUGUUGUAAACCACAACUGAAGUACUGAAUGUAGAUUUGGAUGCUUUGUUUAUGGGAAGAUGUACUUGCCACAAACAAAUAUAAGAGUGGGUAUGUUGGACCUAUAGUCUUUUGAAGUUUAGAAGAAUAAGAAAGUCGGUGAAAUAUAAGAACCUGGGCAGAUGCUGAUCAGAGUAGAUGUUGAGAGGCUAUUUCCUUCAGGGGGAAGAAUUGAGAAGUCGGGGUGAAUAGUCUUAAGCAAAGUCUCCAUUUAAGAUGAGCUUAGAAGGAAUUUCUUUUUCUAAAGAGAGUUGAAUCUUUGGAAUCUUCUGGCUCUCAGAUUCAUAGAUAUUGAGUUCUUCAUUACAUUAAUGGAUGAGACAUGAUUAGACUUUAGGAGAAUGGAGGGUUACAGAAAACAGACAGGAAUGUAGAGCCAAAGACAAGAUCAGAGUAACUAUGGUCUCUCUGAAUGGCAAACAAUCCCAAUGGGCAGUAAAGCCUACUAUUUAGAACAUAGAAAACUCACAGCACAAUACAGGCCCUUCGCCCCACAAAGCUGUGCCGAACAUGUCCUCACCUUAGAAAUUACCUAGGGUUACCCAUAGCCUUCUAUUUUUCUAAGCUCCAUGUACCUAUCCAGGAGCCUCUUAAAAUACCCUAUCAUAUCCGCCUCCACCACUGUCGCCGGCAGCCCCUUCCAUGCACUCACCACUCUCUGCAUAAAAAAAACUUACCCUGACAUCUCCUCUGUACCUACUUCCAAGCACCUUAAAACUGUGCCCUCUCAUGUUAGUCAUUCAGCCCUGGGAAAAAGCCUCUGACUAUCCACAUAAUCAAUGCCUCUCAUCAUCUUAUAUACCUCUAUCAGGUCACUUCUCAUCCUCUGUCACUCCAAGGAAAAUAGGCUGAGUUCACUCAACCUAUUCUCAUUCUCAUAAGGCACACUCCCCAAUCCAGGCAACAUCCUUGUAAACCUCCUCUGCACCCUUUUCUAUGGUUUCCACAUCCUUUCUGUAGUGAGGCGACCAGAACUGAGCACAGUAC